AUGAUAAGAGGGACACCUGCCCACGGGUAUGCAGUUCUAGAUGCUUACAGUUAUAUGCUUCGGAAUGUAAAUGAAGGAAGCAAGACAUCGCUGAAAGUUGAUGACAAAGGGAGGUUCAAAUAUUUCUUUGUAUCCUAUGGAUCUUGGAUUAGGGGAUUUGUGCAUAUGAGAAAAGUGUUAGCCGUUGACGGGACAUUCUUAAAGGGGCCUUACGAGGGAGUUUUGCUAUCUGCUGUGGCACAAGAUACAGAAAAUCAUAUUUUUCCUGUUGCAUUUUGUGUACUAGAUAAGGAGUGUGAUGCUUCAUAUGAAUACUUUUUUGAGAAAUUGCUAGACAUAGUCCCCAAUACUACGGAGUUGUGCAUCAUUUCUGAUAGGCAUCCAAGCAUAGGAAAAAUGGUAUCAAAGAUUUACUCUGAAGUACACCACGGAUGUUGCACGAGGCAUCUUGCUGAAAAUGCAAGAAAAGAAUUUCAUUGUAGGGAUUUUCUUGGACAUUUUUAUCAUGCAACUAAAGCAUACCGUAGAGAUCUGUUCAAUGACCAUUUUGAAGAAAUCAAUAUAUCAAUGCACAAGUCGUCGAUUAUCUUGAGAAUGUUGGCUUUCAUAAAUGGAGUAGAGCAUACUUCCCAGGAAACAGGUAAACUAUCUUACUGGUUCAAAUUUAAAUAUUACAGGUCCACAACAAUUAUUGCAGUUGUUAAAACAACUGCAACAGUUGUUGGAACAACUUCAACAGUUGUUCUAGCAACUGUAGUAGUUGUGGGACAACUAAAGAGAUUUGUUCCAGUAACUGCAAUAGUUGUUGGGAGCCUGCAGUAUGAUGUGUUGACGUCAAACAUUGCUGAGUCUGUUAACUCAAUGUUUAAUAUAGAAAGAGAAUUCCCCAUUACUGCCCUAUUCGAUGCUAUAAGUAGGAGGUGGUCAGAAAUAUUUCAUGAGAGGCGGAUGUCAUACGUCAACUUAACAACUAUCUUUGUCCCAUCAGCUGAAAAGAAAAUAAUGACUAACAAGAAUUUGGGAAAUAAGUUAUUAGUCCAUCGAAUAGAUGAAGACAUGUUCACCAUUACUGGGGAAAGUGGGGUCUCAAUGAUUGAUCUACGAAGAAAAACAUGUUCGUGUCGAGAGUUUGACUUGGACAAAAUACCAUGUUCACAUGCUAUGGCAACGCUUAGAAGUAAAUUCGGAGAUGAAUAUGGAAAGAUGAUUUAUGAAUACUCUUCUUCGUAUUAUAAGGUAGAGUCAUACGUGCUUUUAUAUACAGACCCAAUUUUUCCAGUACCAGCUGAAGAAUUUUGGAAUGCUCCUCCGAAGAUUUUACAAAGACAAAUACCUCCACCUGAAAAGAAAACCAAACGGGGAAGGAAACGAAUGAAGCGGGUACCUGGAGUUGUGGAAGGAUUUUCAAAGAUGAAUUGUCGUACAACUAAAGCAAUUGCUGGGACAACUACUGCAGUUGUCGAACAACUGAUUGAGUUGGUGGAACAACUUCUUUGCCAAACAACUAUUGCAGUUCAUGGACAACUGUUGCAGUUGUGGGACAACUGUUGUAGUUGUCCUACAACUCCAGUAGCUGCUAUAGUUGUUGAAGAACUUUAA